AUGCACUCAACUUCUCUCUCCAUAACUCCAUUGACUGGAACUCCAUUUGGGGCUAAAGUGACAUUGCCAGACUACGCUAACAAUGAUCCAGCAAAUUUAAAUGAGGAAGAUUUCCAAAAACUUUUCGAAGGUGUACACGAAAAUUUGGUCGUGGUUAUCCCAAAUCAAGCAGAAUUAUUACCAAAGAGUCAAUAUCUCCUCACUAAGAGAUUUGAUCCUACUUUACCAGAACCAAAGGGUGAUACCGGUGCUGGAUAUGGUCACGGUAAGGAAUUUAGACACGAUAAGUCAGUCCUCAAGAAGGAUGGUUGCUCAGUUAAAUCCCAGCCACAAGUACAAAUAUUAGGUCAAGGAAAAUUUGCUGCUGACGAACCAGGUAAUGAAAACGGGGAAGAGAUUUCAUUGACCCACCCAUCCCACACUUCGUUCCACCAUAGUCCAUUAACUGAAGAUCAAAUUAAGAAGGAAGGUAGAACCAGAUUUUACAGAUGGCACAUCGACUCUGCCUUGUACGACUUGCUGCCACCAGUAGUCACGACAUUGCUUGGUAUUAAGGUCCCACCUACUACCCAAACCCAAACUAUUGUUUACGAAGACGAUACCGGUGACAAAUUGGAAUUGACUCAAGGUGCUACCUGUUUCACUUCUGGACAACGUGCCUUUGAAAUCUUGUCUGACGAGGAUAAGGAAUUUGCUCUCAACACUACAGUCGAAUACGCUCCACACCCAUACAUUUUUAUUUCUCCAGCUGGUGCUACCAGUGAUGGUUUGACCAUGGUCAGCGAGGGUAAGGAAUUUAAGUUUGAAGAAUUACCAGAGUGGGAAGAAUCUAAGGUUAAGAAAUUGCCAAUGGUUUGGACAAACCCUGUUACUAAGAAACAUCACCUCCAGUUACACGGUUGUUGCUUACACAGACUCCACACCAAGAACGCAGACGGGUCAGUCACCACUUUGGAAUUGAAGGAAUCCAGAGAAAGGGCACAUCAAUUGAUGAGACCUGCCAUUGCUCCAAAGAAUGUGUUGGCCCACUCUUGGACCGAAGGAGAUCUUGUCAUAUUCUACAAUAGAGGUGUAUGGCACAGUGUUACUGGAGAAUUCAAGGCCAUAAAGACUGAUGGUGCCGAUGAAAGAAGAUUAAUGCACCAAUGUAACAUUGCCAGUUCUGUUGAUCCAACCACCAUCAAAUAA